GCGGGGCGGCAGUGCCGGCGAGCGCUCGGCGGCGGCGGCUGCGGCUCCGGCUCCUCCUCGCUCACGGCCCGGCCCCGGCCCAGGCCCAGCCCCCCCCCCCCCGCCGCCAUGUCCGGCCCCGGCAGCGGCGGCGACUUCGGGAACCCGCUGCGGAAGUUCAAGCUCGUCUUCCUGGGCGAGCAGAGCGUUGGGAAGACCUCUCUGAUCACCAGGUUUAUGUACGACAGUUUCGACAAUACUUACCAGGCAACCAUUGGAAUUGAUUUCCUGUCAAAAACAAUGUACCUUGAAGAUCGCACGGUUCGGCUGCAGCUUUGGGACACAGCAGGCCAGGAGCGGUUCCGCAGUCUCAUUCCCAGCUACAUCCGCGACUCCACUAUUGCUGUGGUAGUGUAUGACAUUACAAACUUGAACUCUUUCCAGCAGACCUCCAAGUGGAUCGAUGACGUUCGGACAGAGAGGGGCAGCGAUGUCAUCAUCAUGUUGGUGGGGAACAAAACCGACCUGGCAGACAAGAGGCAAAUCACUACAGAAGAAGGUGAACAGAGAGCCAAAGAGCUGAAUGUGAUGUUUAUUGAGACCAGUGCGAAGACUGGAUACAAUGUGAAACAGCUUUUCCGCCGUGUGGCUGCUGCCUUACCUGGGAUGGACAGCACACCAGAGAAGAGCAAAGAAGACAUGAUUGACAUCAAACUAGAGAAACCUCCUGAGCAGCCAGUAACGGAGAGCGGUUGCUCCUGCUAACAGGCCCGUUCUGUAGCAGCACAUUCCCCAACCGGCCAGUCUCACUGAAGAACAUCACUGCUCAUUGGCUAGGCAACCCUACUGUGGGCUGAAAAACCAACCUACUAAGCGAGCGAACUCCCUGUUUACUGGUGGGGAGCAGCCCCGGCCGCCCCUCUUACUGCAUGGUAUGAGCCUUGAGUGCAGAAUGAGUGUCCUGUCUUUUAUUUUGGUUUAUUUUUUAUGUUGGUGCACUUUGGCACUGUGGUGCCCUUUACACUCUCUCUUUCUCUCUCUUCCUCUCCCUCCCUCCUCCACCUUGAGCCUGUCUGCUCAGAUGUGUCUUGUGAAUGCAAUGGAAAAGCCACCGAGUUAGGGAAAACAAAAAAAAAAAAAAAAAGCUUGGGGGUGGGUUGUCCACCUUCCUUUACUGCCUUGCAUCUUAACUAGUUCCCCGUCCACUCCAGCCACGUCUGUCCUGCAUCCCCACUUCCUCUGUUUCAAGGCUGCUCCUUUUAAACCAGUCAGUCUGACUUGGCCUUGCCUUUCUGGACAGCACAGGUUAUCUGGUUGUAGGCUUUUGCUCCCCGCAGGGCGCGCACAGUGCUAGCUCCUCGGUUUCUCCUUUCUGUGGAUGAUCUUGGCUAACUCUUGCUCACGACUUCUGAGUUUUGCCCUGCGCUCAGCCCCUCGUGACACAGAACACUGGAAACCCCCAGACUGAUAGCUUUGACCUUGUUGCUCCCGUUCGCGUAGCAGAGGCAUCCCACAGACCGCUCCUUCAGUGUGAAUAUCUUCCCAUCUGGAGGAUGUUGGUGCUUGGUGAGUGUUAGCUGUCAGGUGUGGCGAAGGAAGUGGGUACAGGGGCUUUGCAGCAUGAGACCGGGUGGGGAGAGAUCCUCAGGGUGGUUUGUAGGCUCCUAUCUGUCAACAGCGAAAGCAAGCAGCUCUGUGGGGUCCAUCGCUGCAGCAGCAACACCUGCCCUGGGAGUCAUGGAUGCCUUUCAGGUUCCUUUCCUCCUCUCCGUCCUGUUCUUAGUCACGCAACCUGAGAGCUGCUUCACGGAGGCUGGGAGAGCCCCGGCAAAUUGAAGGCCAGUGAUAGCUUUUCUGCUUUUGUACCUAGGUUGCUGCGUGAUGAAAUGACACAUAGCUGCUUCUGCUUUUGUAGUAGACUUUACGGGGCGUGGGGAGCUAAUAGACAUGUCACUUCUGGAAUAAUGGUAAGCUGUAACAUUGCCAAAACACAUCAGUGGUAGCAGGGAUUUAUUAUCAGACACGGCUAGAGGAACGUAUGCUGCUGAAGUGUGCUUUGUUGUCACUUCUGGACCUCCAGGGUUGGGAAAUACCUCGCUCUUCGCCCAGGUCUCUACCCCUGGUUUCGAACAAUGUUAGUAGAGCUCUUCAGAAACCUUUAUUGUGGCUUUUUGUGUUUGUUUUUAUCCCCCCCCCCCUUCUGUCUGCUCCAGAAGUCAGGAGGUUUGUCUGUUGACAGAGAGGAGAAUAAAACAGCCAGAUGGUUGUAAGCCAUUCACUGUUCCUUUUCUCAGCCGGCCUGUGUCACGCUGCCAGGGGAUGCUGGUGGGCAGGAGCACGAGGUGCUGGGUGCGCAGGGUACGAGCGGGCUCGGCGUUGUUUGGUGGGUUGGUGACACUCCCCCAGCAGGAUGCCUUGUCGGUCACUGACAUAGCGCGUGCACUUUGAAACCUGCGGGCUGGGGAUGGAGGGGAAGGGGCAGCCUUGGGCCGGGAGCUGGCGCCGGUGCUGGAGGAGCACCCGGUCACGUAGGGCCGGGGCUGCGCUCCGGCUGCGUUGGCUUGCUGCCGGUAAGUCACCGCGCUGCAGGUGCCUGCCCUCGUGCUCCGAGAGCCGUACCCCUUCCCCUCCACAUGAGCCGGCUGCAGGAGGAAGCUGGGAUGUCGUUUCCCAUUUCACUCUGGAGUGCCCCCCCCCCCCCCCUCCUUACCCACUGUCCCAGCUGUCACGGCCGGGUCCUUCGUGCCCCGCGCCAGCAGGGAGCUCGGCCCCCUCUCUGUACAUACUCCUGUCGUGUGGGGAUUGCUGAUGUGUGUCGGUGUGUCCGUGUCUGCCGUAGAACAGGUUUUGCUGUCCCCUUCUUUCUCACAGGCAGGCGUGCGCGGCCCCUGCUCUCCUAUUGUUCUGAGUCACGGACCUGGGGGGAGGGAGGGGGGGACCGUAAGUAACGGGGGGGGGUAACUAGUGAAAUAAAAUAGUUCACUUCCCGCUGUCUUCUCUAUGGAUGUGUAUAAUAUUGAGUGUGUGUCCGGCCCUGCUGUCUCCUAGCUGUUAGCCAAGUAAGUGUGACUAUUACUCUGAGUGUGGACUGUCUGACCACAGCCGUGUAUCACACUAAAUAAAGUUAUUUCACCAACA